AGUUCCAGAUUCAGUUUAAUAAAAAUACUGCGUUAGUUAUAAAAAAUGAAUCAUAUUUUCUUUAUUAUUUUAUGUGUUGUGGUAUGUAUUCAGAGUGAACCUGUGAUUAUCAGCAGUGAUAUUCCUAAUUCUAAUACAAUAGUGACGGCUAAAAAUGUGACCUUACCAAAAAUUGAGUACAAGAUAGUAAACAAACCUCAUCACCUGUUCAUAGGUAGGUGCAGUUCAAAGCAUAGGGUUUUGCACCAAGAAAAUAUUAUUCUAACAAACGAUGGAAAAAGCCAUGUGUCUGCUACUAUACGGAUGAAUGUGGAGGGACCGGUAUAUAUAACGUGUGUCAACAUAUUUGAUGAAAUUCCAAAUGGGGAGGGAGGCUACCCUAGUUUCGCAGCUGGAGGGGUAGGACAUAAUUUUAUAGAAUUUAACGUGUUGACCAACUACGGCAAAGGGUUCCACUUUUUCGUACAAAUUUUUGGAUACACGAAAAAAGACAACGGCAAGAACAACUAUUAAAAGUUCUAUUUAUUUAAUAAAUGGUUUAUUUAACAAGUAGGAAGUUGUUUAGUUUGUCAAUUAUUUGCAAAUUUUAUUCAUUAUAGUAAAGGUAAAUUGUUCUGUCUCUGUCUUAACUUACUGUUAAUUUCGCUCUUCAAGAAAACGAAUAAAAUUGUUAUUUACGUGUCUAAAGUAACACUUUUUCACUAGUGAAAUUUUUUGAAAGUUUUAAUCAGAAUUAUGAAACAAUGUUUUACGCACUGUGCGUAACGUAUUUCAUUUUACACAAAUUAAAUUAUGAAUAAUUUUUCGCACUAGUGUGUAAAAUACUUACUUUACGCACUAGUGUACAGUGUAAAUGUCUAAAAUGAAAUAAGGUUGUAUCGUUAUUAUAUAAAAAUCUGUUACAAAUUAAUUUAUGAACAACUUUUCGCACUAGUGUGAAAUACUUACUUUCCGCACUAGUGUAGAGCGAGCGUAAAGUGAGUGUAUUAAAGAUAGUUGGUUGGGAUGAUUUGUGGUACUACAGCUGUCAGUAAUUUUAGUGUGCUAAAUAUUUAGGUACUUUACGCACUAGUUUGAAUAUUUUACAUACGCUACAGCGUGCGUAAAUUUAGUACUUUACGCAUGGUAGUAGAAAAAGUAUGUGAGGGCUAUCGGGUAAGUUGGAUCUUUUUUCUCUGCACUUAACUUUUAACUUUAACUUUCUAUUACCCCGGUAAAUAGCCAAUUAUUCGUUUAUGACACGUAGAUUUAUUUCAACCCAUUUAUAUUUGAGGUAAACUCAUAAAUGAAAGGUUUAACCACGCUAUAAAUGUAUUACUAAUAAACCUACAUUGUACACUUUUAUGCUUGAGUUUUCCUCGAAUAAGUUUACCGCCGUCAUCCAUAAGCAACGGUGAUUUAUAAUUUCAACGUUAUGUUUUAUUUUUAUUGUAGAAACGUAUAAUUCAAAAUGUAGUGUUUAUCUAAAGCUUUAUGUUCAAUAAAAUUUUCUACUUUAA